AUGACGUCUACCGUUGACCAUGGGUUAGAUGCCCCUAACCGACCGUCGACCCCUCAACGUAGCGGUCGCCACCAGAUCAAGCGGUCAAUGACGGAGCUCCCGUCGCCCAGGAAGCUUCAUCUUCACCGUCACCCAUACCUGUACCGUCGACAAGGCAGCCAAUACGAAGAAGAAGACCAACCUCCACUACCGUCGACUAUACUUGCGGCGCAGGUUCGACACUCUGUUGAUCUACCACUCCCACUCUCGGCGGCAACGAAGCCGUAUAUGAGCCUGAACCCGAGCCGACGCGCGAGUAUGUUGGCGCCGAGGGAAACUGGGGAGGGAGACGCCGAGGGGAAGAGGCAGCCGAGGGGACCAAAGACGCAGCUGGAGCACGACAAGGCCUCGAUACGAACCGAAAGUUUAAAGCAGUCGCUGAUGGACCUGAACUCGUUGUCGACCACCAUGACAAAACGGCUAGACGAUACAUACUACUCGGUUCUAGAAAAAAUGAGCACCCUCCAACACACGGUCUUGGCAUUGAAAGAUCUGGCCGAGAGCUCUCGCGACCUGUGCGAAUCAUUCGACAAGGACGCGCGAGAAUUAGAAAACGACAUCAUCUGUCAACUUGGUGCCGCUGGCCAUUUUGAGGAACAGCAACGGAGAAUUUCGACGCUCCAGAAUCGCAUACAAGAGGGCCGUGAUAAGAUACAAGCCCUCGCCUCGAGGGUUGAAGUAGUCCAGGCCAGGGUUGAAAGCUGGGAGCAGGCUGACAGGCGGUGGCAGGAAAAGACCCGCAAGAGACUAAAGAUUAUAUGGUCCGUCACUACAGUUCUGGCUCUGAUCAUCAUUGCUUUCAUGGUAGGCAUGAAUUACGCGAAUGUCGGAGGGCAAAGCGGACGGUGGGGGAAUUCCAGCAUGAGCCCAAACAUACCGCCUUGGUUGACCACAUUGAGCUCGCACCAUGGCGAGAGCACACAAGAGUCGGGGAGGAGGUUGCUUUGGAAAGCCCCGGUGAGGGAUCAGGAGGGGUUACGGGCGUUUGAUGAUUUGUGA